AUGGAAAGGGCCGCCAAAAGACAGAAGGCAGGUGGCCAAAAAUACCCAACCUUCAGUGAGGUGGUAAAAGGCGGCGGUGAGAUACUGGCCGUCAUCGACAAAGGAGAGGAGGAAGGAGUGAUUCCUAAGGAAAAAUGGAGGUGGAUCGAGGAGGCUAUCGCCGAAGUGUACCUUCAGAUCCUAGAGGAACACCCCGGACCCCCUCCCCUUUGUCAUGACGCAGGCUGGUAUCAAGGUAGAGCAAAACUCAUCGCCUGCGAAGACACUAGGUCAGCCACGCUCUACAGGUUGGCCGUAAACAAGAUAGGAGAGGUUUGGCCGGGUGCCAAACUCGAUGCGGUCAGCAAGGAUGAAAUUCCAAGCAGGCCUCGAGCACGAGUUUGGAUUCCAGCCAAGCCGGCAGAGCUAAACAAAAUUGAAGAGAUGUUCAAGUCUUGCAACAGAGACCUGCCAACACAUAAUUGGAAGGUAGGGAGAAUAGAGGAGCCAGUAGAAGGUAGGCGACAGGUGAUGCUCAUCCUCAAUGGAGAAUCGCUCGGCCCACUGGCGCAGAAAAACAAUGUCGUGAGGUUCGGGUUCGUUGACGCAACCAUUCGAAUCUAUCGCAGCGACGAGCCAGCUUUGAACUCAGACGAGGAGAGUGACAAAGCCAGCUUGCGGAGCGAUACUGAAGAAGGGUUGGCCAACAGCCAAUGCUCAACCGACUCGGAGAGGCUGACCGGUGUGGGGCCGCUCUUUAACGAAGAUGAUCUCCUCGCUGACAUUGAGGGUGGGGAGAUCUCAGAGGAGGACGUCGAGGUCACGAUGGUGGAGAUGAAACGGACAGAUUCUCAUGAAGCUGAUCCAAAUUAA